AUGACUGGCCUCUCAGCGCUCAUCCUUGGCUCAGCAAUCGGCGUCGUCAUUGUGGUAAUUCUCAAGCGCUCCUUCAGCACAGCAAAUGGAAACCCUCCCUUGCCCCCAGGGCCAAAUGGCCUACCUCUUGCCGGGAAUCUCAACGAUUUACCCAGGCCCGGUGUCCUUGAAGCCCAUCAUUGGCUGAAACACAAGGGUCUGUAUGGUCCAAUCAGCUCUGUCACCGUGAUGGGACAGACUCUAGUGAUCAUCAACGACGCUCAAGUUGCAUUUGAGUUACUCGAAAAAAGAUCUGUAAAGCACUCUUCUAGGCCUCGACAAAUUUUUGUCGGUGAAAUGUUGGGCUGGGAGAACUCUCUGGGCCUUUCGCAAUACAAUGACCGUUUUCGGACCUACCGCAAGAACAUGAGUCGGAUCAUUGGCUCCAAGACAGCAGCAGCCCAACACAACACUUUGCAAGAGGCUGAAGUGGGACAUUUUCUGCUUCAUGUGCUGGACAAUCCCGAAGAUGUGGUGAAUCAGAUAAGGAAGUUUGUUCUCCAAAACCUGACCAACAUCCUCUCAAGAGCCUGCUGUAGGGAAGCUGGUGCGGUUAUUCUCAAAAUCGCAUAUGGAUACACGGCGGAGCCCUUCAAGGAGGAUGUUCUGGUCAACAUGGCUGGCGACGCCAUGGACAAGUUUGCACUUGCCGGUGUUCCAGGUGCCUUCAUGGUUGACAUGAUGCCAUUCUUGAGAUACCUUCCAGACUGGGUGCCCGGAACUGGGUGGAAGAGGACAGCUCGUCAAUGGGCAGCCGAGUUGCAUAACGUGACGGAGAAGCCCUAUGCCUUUGUUAAGCAUCAGAUCGCCCAGGGCAAGGAUGACAAUUCGUUUCUUGCACGACUAUUGGAGACUGGUGACUCAACUCCUGAAGAGAAGUUCACCAACAAAUGGUCAGCCAUGUCGCUUUACACAGCGGGCGCUGGUACAACCGUAUCAGCUCUCGCAUGCUUCUUCUUGGCAAUGUCCAUUUCUCCAGAUGUUCAGAGAAAGGCGCAAGAAGAGAUUGGCCGAGUCAUUGGCAAGGACCGUUUGCCAACCUUGGCAGACCGCCCGAAUUUGCCGUACAUUGACGCAAUCGUCAAAGAAGUUUUACGAUGGCAUCCAGUGGCACCCAUGGGUUUGCCUCAUACGAGUACGGCGGAUGAUGUGUGCGAAGGGUACUUUAUCCCGAAGGGUUCCAUGCUAUUUGCUAACGUCUGGCACUUUACGCAUGACCCUAAGGUCUAUGACGAACCCAUGUCCUUUAAGCCGGAGAGAUUCUUGCCAGAUGAUGGAAGCGAGGUUGCACCAGACCCUUACACCUUUGUUUUUGGCUUUGGGCGUCGCAUUUGUCCUGGUCGCAUUUUGGCCGACAAUGCAUUGUAUGUGAAUAUUGCGCAGUCUCUGGCUGUCUUUGAUAUCACUAGGGGUGAUCCAGUGGCUCAGCCGGAGAUACGGUUCACACCAGGCGUUGUUAGCCACCCAGAGCCCUUCAAGGCUACCAUCAAGCCACGGUCACCUCACCAUGAGAAGUGA